AGUUUACAGUACUAUCAUUUAUUGUUGAUCGUUGCAUUCUCCUCUCUUCAAACUCCAAGCUUGUUGACGUUGCAUCGACGUUGUGUUCAUACUCCUCUCUCUGCGAUACUUAUCAUAACGAUUGUAUUUCGGAGCAAAUAUGUUCAUCACGAGCUCGAGAGCAUGCCUGGACGACCCGCAGAGGGGCUACAAACUUGGUCAAAGUGUUGCUGACCGUCGCCGAGCUGCACAAGAGUCAAGGCCGAGCGAGCUCAUAGCCCAGGAAUGUAAGGCUCUGAUUGAGAGUAUGCAUUGCAUGAGCUCACAGCGUCUCAAGCACUGUAUGAUUUCGCGGUCAACAAUGCGCGUUUGCCCUGCCACCUGCCUGCGCUUUGCACGGGGUCCCGAUAGUGUGCAAGUGUUCAUGCAUGUUAUCAUAUGCUACAACUCCCUUUGUCAUUAUGUCAAACCUCGUCUGGGCUGCGACGGUGCUUUCUGCGUUUUGGUGGUCGUCACGUAUCUCUGACUUGAACAAUCGGCGUAGGUGCUACAAGGAAUGUCAGAAUGGAGCGAGGGCUUUGUAGCUGACCUUCGCCGACCUGCACAAGAGUCAAGGCCGAACAAGCUCGCAGCCUACGAAUGUAAGUCUCUGACUAAGAAUAUGCAUUGUAUCAGCUCAAAGCGUCCACAGCAGUGUUUGACCAUACCGCAUUAACAUGCAUUGGUGCUGCCUGCUGGCGCUUUGCAUUAUGCGGGUCCCGAUAGUGCACAAUUGCAUGUAUGCGUGUGUAUGCUGCUUGCAGUUCCGCAACGGCCUGCCUGCCUGCCUGGGACCUGCCCAUCCUUUGGCUGCAAACAGCUGGGGCCGAACCUUGGGCACAUGUGCUGCUGGCUGUGGGCCUGGUUGCUCUGCUGGAUUCGGACGACUUUAGCACAGAGAGAGCAUCAUGGUGGUGCUGAUGCUGGCAGAGUGGUGCUGGCAGCAGGUUACUUGGCCACAUGCGGCCCCGUGCAAUGUGAAUCCUUCCUUUGACUGACAUAUCUUCGCUCUUCUUUCAAACCUCAGGUGGGUGGAUGUGCAGGUGCUGUUGAUGGUGAAUCAGGUUUGGGAGCACAAUUCACACAAAAAGAGCACACGGACAUGCGUGCGGGCAGCGUGAUGGGCAUGCACACAGCGAACCCAGGGCAUGCGUGUGUGGCCUUAGCGGGGAAAGGCUUGUCACCAUGCCGCUUGCAACGCUAUGUGUGCAGGUGGCAUGUGUGCAAACAUGGAGCCAUGUGAGCGGACAAAGGAGCGGAACGAGGGAGCCAGUGGGGCCAAGGAGCGAGCACAAGGUGAGUACGUACAGGGUCAGGCAAGGGCAUGCACGGGAGCCACUGCUGCAUGACAAGGGCAGGGAAGGAUGUACAACGGUGUCUGUAGACACCACAUAAGGGCAGCAGGUUGCUGGGCGGGCGUGGUUGCUGGGCGGGCGCGUCUGAAAAGGGACUGCCAUCUGAAGUGCGCGGGUUCGGACGGGAUGGGCGGGGCGGGCGGGCGCGUCUGAAAUCCCAUCUGAAAUUGAGCUUGCAAUUCGGACCAGAUUCAGAUGGUAUUCGGACCAGAUUCAGAUGGUAUUCGGACCAGAUUCAGAUGGUAUUCGGACCAGAUUCAGAUGGUAUUCGGACCAGAUUCAGAUGGUAUUCGGACCAGAUUCAGAUGGUAUUCGGACACCAGGUUCGGACGGUAGUAUUUUCAGAUACAAGUUCGGACCCAAAGUUCGGACCAGGUUUCGGACCAGGUUUCGGACCGGCUUCGGACCAGGUUCAGACCGGGUAUCUGACUGGGUUUCGGACCAGGUUCGGACCAGGUUCGGACGCUGGGCAUUCCCCGAGUGAGUCCC